AUGGAAGGCGAAGAGUUGGAAAUGUCGUCUCAAGAGCGGCAGCUCUGCCAUUUUCUUGGCUCGCUGCCCUCGAUGCACAAGUUCAACUACACCGAUCAAGCUGCGCACGAGCUCCUCGAAGCGCUCUUUUGGUCUAUGGCUGGCGGCAAAGAAGAGUACAUGAGACUCUUUUUCCCUGAGAGAGGGGGCCCCUUGAGACGAGGAGGUACCCUCAAGCUUCGAGAAGCGCAGGGAGCUGUUGAAGGCGCCGAAUACACCGAAGCAGCCCGAGGAAACGCGUGCGGUCACAUCUUUAAACCCGGCGAGGCUACAUAUUCUUGUCGAACAUGCAGCACCGACGAUACCUGCUGCCUCUGCGCCCGAUGUUUCGACUCUACAGACCACACUGGCCACAUGGUCCGAAUCAACAUCUCACCAGGCAACAGCGGCUGUUGCGACUGCGGAGAUCCCGAGGCAUGGAAGACUCCCAUGUUCUGCACCAUACAUUCAAUCUUCGAAUCGAGCAAUCCAGACAAAAAUAAGGGCAAAGAUGCCAGACUACCCCAGGACCUGGAGGAGAGCAUAGCCAUGACGAUCGGCCGAGUCUUUGACUACCUCUGCGACGUCAUAUCCUGCUCCCCGGAACAGCUUCGUUCUGAAAAGACCAAAGAGUCCAUCUUGCAGGACGAGAGGAUGUCAAGGUUGUCAUCAGUAUAUGGCAGCGCUGAUAGUGAGCCUGCUGACAAGUUUGCCGUCGUUCUCUGGAACGACGAGAAGCAUACGCACGUCGACGUCACUGAUCAGGUCGCACGGGCCUGUUCUUUACCAAAGAGCGAAGGAAGAAAGUGUGCCGACGAGACUGAUGCUAUCGGUCGCAGCGUGAUAUACACCGACACUGAUCUGGACAAUCUACUCCGCAUCUCUAAGAUUAUCGAACAAAUUAAGAUUACCGUCACAAUUCGCUCCGCCCGCGACCUGUUCAGGGAGCAGAUGUGUGGUACCAUCAUCGAGUGGCUGGGUGACAUCGCAGGUUGCACUGUGGGAAGCGACCAUGCCAUACUUCGCCGCGUUAUUUGCGAGGAAAUGCUAAAGCCAUGGCAUCGAGGAAGCCAGGCAAGCCAUGCUGUUGUUGGUGAAGAUGGACUUUACGAUCACGAGCUGGAGCAACAGAACUAUGAUGCCCAAUGGCAUGAGAUUCAACAGCGGCUGGUACAGAUGAGGAUGGCCGCGAGGCUUAUGGAGCAAAAUGCAAACUUUCUCCCGGUAGAUGCAGACGUCGAAGACGACAACGAUGAUGAUGAUGACCAAAACAACCGAGACGAGGAUAUGGAAGGUGAUGCUGAUACGCCGGGCAAUGGAGACAUGGAGGACGAUGAUGUUGAUGAUGACGAUGGCAACCGUGGUGAUGUUGACGAUGACGACGAGGAUGAUAUCAUUAUGGUUGAUGCGCGAGAGACUACGGACGACAACAUGACCGACUGGCCACAGGGUAACAUCGACCAGGGCACAGCAGAUCAAGCACUGGAGGAAGACGAGGCAGCCAUUGCAGGCUUUCCGCCGCCGCCGCCGCCGCCGCCGCCAGCUACAGCACCACAGCCUACCCGUCAGACCAAUAAUAGAAACAGGGACCGCGAUAUCACACCAUCCGAUUCUGACACUGCCGAGCCCCUGAUAGCACCAACAGUAUACGUUAAAAACAACCUGGAGAUACCCAAGACACCGGGCACAAAGCAUGAUGCCGAGGUAGCACCACCGAAACCGGGCAAGUACUGGUUGACUGUGCCACCAGCGUACCUACAGCGCCACAACCUCUCGGUUGCCGAGGACUUGUUCCAGCGUGUUCGGUUAGACUGGCUGGUUUUGUUUGACCUCCGACUUUGGAAGAAGGUCAGGAAUGACCUGCGCUCGCUUUACAUUUCGACGGUGGUCACUAUCCCUGAAUUCAAGCGGGUACUUGGGCUUCGCUUCACCGGCCUGUAUACAAUGUUGGCACAGCUAUAUCUGAUUGGCGACCGUGAGCCCGACCAUUCUAUCAUCAACAUUUCGUUGCAGAUGCUUACGACGCCGUCUAUAACGGCUGAGAUUGUUGAGCGUGGCAACUUCCUCACGACUUUGAUGGCUAUUCUUUAUACGUUUCUCACUAUGAGGCAGGUCGGUCAUCCAUGGGAUGUUAAUUCCAAUGCCGUUCUUGCUUUUGAGACCGGGACCGUGACGAACAGGCGCAUGUACCAUUUCUUCACGGAUCUCAAGUAUCUGUUUGGGUCUCAGCACGUCCAGGAACGGCUGCGCACCGAAGAACGAUAUAUUUUGCAGUUCCUUGAUCUGGUAAAGCUGCAUCAGGGCAUCUGUCCUAAUACGCGUGCCAUUGGAGAUCAUGUGGAGUACGAGACGGACACAUGGAUCAAUGCAUCUCUGAUAACGAGGGAAGUCAACAGUCUCUGUAAGCAGUUCUCCGAGUCUUUCCGCAAUCUUCCGGACAAGGACUCGAUGUACCUCUUCAGAGCGCUCCGGCUGCUUGCAAAGACGGUUAUUAUCAAUUCGAUCGGCGCGGAGAGGGCCAGGUUCACUCAAACCGAGAUCAAAGAUGAGGUCAGAUUUAAGACAAUAACGGAUUUCGAAUUUGACGAUAAUCCUGUGAAAUAUGAGGUUGUCAGAUUCGUCAUAGAAGACCAGCCCAUCAGCUUCCACCAUGCGCUUCACUACACUCUGUCAUGGCUCAUCGAGUGUGGAAAGUCGAUGCCUGCAGCGCAGCUUCGAACACUUCUCAGCUUCGACUCUCACGAACUCAAAGGCAAGCCUCGCUCAAUGGGUCGUAAGCUCUGGCCCAGGAGGGACUUGACCUCUGAAGAUUACCUCAUCGCCCUACUUGACUACCCCCUUCGCGUUUGUGCAUGGCUUUCUCAGAUGAAGGCAGGUAUGUGGGUGAGGAACGGGAUGAGUCUCCGCCACCAAGCCGGGACCUACCGCGGCGUCAAAGAUCGAGACGUGUCACACCACCGAGAUAUCUUCCUCCUGCAAACUGCCAUGAUUAUAUGCAAUCCAAGCAGGGUGUUGGCCUCGAUCAUCGACCGUUUCGGCAUGGAGAAGUGGGUCAAAGGCUUCUUUGAGCAAAAGUCAGCAGCCCAGGAUGAUGGUCAGCAUCUCGACGUCGUAGAAGACAUGAUCCACCUACUCAUUGUCCUGUUGAGUGACCGAACAUCGCUCAUGCCAACAGAAGUCGAGCCAAAUGCGCAUCUGUUGACCAUCCGCCGCGACAUUACACAUGUCCUUUGCUUCAAGCCCCUUUCAUUUUCGGAGAUAUGCAACAAGAUGCCGACCAAGUACCAAGAAAACGAGAAUUUUCACUCUGUGCUCAACGACAUCACAAACUACAAGGCGCCCGAAGGUAUGUCCGACGUGGGUACUUUCGAGCUGAAGCGUGAUCUCGCGGAGGAGAUCGAUCCUUAUAUUUCUCACUACAGCAAAAACCAGAGGGAAGAGGCAGAGAAUGCUUACAGGAAGAUGAAGGCGGCCGUUACGGGGCGUCCAGUGGAAGAUAUCGUCUACGAGCCAAAGCUGAGGCCCAUCCCAUCUGGAAUAUUCGUUGGCCUCGCCGACUUUACCCGUACUGGCAUGUUUGCUCAGAUUGUCUACUAUUCUCUUCUCUAUCCGUUAGUUGCAGCAAGGCUCACACCUGAUGUCCAGCCAACAAGAGUCGAGACCUAUUUGCAAAUGGUGCUGCAUCUUGUUCUGAUUGCCAUCUCAGAAGACAACACGACCGAGACCUCGGGCGAGCAGUCUUUCAUCGAGAUCGCCUUGACGCGAGUUGCAAGAAGUAACUUCAUGCCCGAUGCCCCAUCCGCCAAAACCAUCGUGGCCCUUUUGGACCUUCUCGCAACAAAGCCCGAGUUCAAAGCCUGCCAUCCGAAGGUAGCUUUGAUACUGAAGAGGAUGCGCCAGAAGCGUCCAAGGUCAUUCGAAACCGCCUAUUCACGGUUUGGUUUGGUCAUUGACCGCGUCAGUACCGCUUCACCAGCAAAUGCCGUGGACCUGGAGGAGGAGCGCGAGAGGAAGAAGCGUGCUGCAAAGGAACGCCAAGCUCGUGUCAUGGCCAAGUUUCAGCAGCAGCAAAAGAGCUUUAUGGAAAACCAGGCCGGCACAGACUUUGAAUAUGAUGAUGAGGAUUAUGUCAUGCCACCACCGGCGGAGGAGCAAAAGAACUUUUGGAAAUACCCGUCGGGGACGUGCAUACUUUGCCAGGAAGACACGGAUGAUCGGAAGCUGUACGGGACAUUUGGGUUUAUAACCGAGAGCAGGAUCUUGCGCCAGACCGAUCUUCAAGAUCCGGACUUUGUUCGCGAGGCAGUGAAUACGCCAAAGAACCUGGACCGCUCUGCUGAGCACAUUCGACCGUUUGGCGUGGCCCAUGAGAAUAGAAAACUGGUGGAGAAGGUCAACUCUGCUGGCGAGACCUUUGUUGCCGAGAGGCAGACAGUCGGAAAGGGCUUUCCGGCAAAGAACUGCAGAACGGGACCGGUAUCCAUUGGUUGUGGUCACAUAAUGCACUAUGCCUGCUUUGAGAUUUAUGUCAAGUCCAUGGUCAACCGCCACAGUCACCAGAUUGCGCGUCAGCACCCCGAGAACACAGACAGGCUGGAGUUUGUCUGUCCCUUGUGCAAGGCGUUGGGCAACUGCUUCCUCCCAAUCAUAUGGAAAGGAAAAGAGGAAUCUUAUCCUGGAGUCCUUGCUCCGGAGAAUGAGUUUACGGCUUUCCUCGAAAAUGAGAUGUGCAAUCCGCACUACCGCCGGGAUCUGGGUCAAGCGGAGGUCGAUCUUAUUCCAACUUUACAGGCGUACACCGGCUCGACCCUAGCCAAGCAGAUGGCGGAAAGAGUAGCAAACCCGGCGACCGAUGUGUGGGAGUACCCCGAAGGGCCGCUGGUACCCAACCCGCGCAUGUCUACUUCUUCUCGCUAUGGAGCCACGUUUGGCCGUCCAACAGUCGUGGUUGAGACUCCGCGACGACCGAACCCGGUGUCUGAAAGCGGAAACCCCAUGAAGGAGUUGGUGGAAGUUUACCGCCGGCUCACUAGCACACUCAAGAUCAACCGCAUACCCUCGCAUCAUCCAGCCGACAACUCUGAGAGCAAAGGCGGCGAGCUCAGUCACACUGAUACCCUUGCGAGGGCAGUAGGAUUCUCCAUCUCUGCAGCAGAAAUUCAGCAGCGUGGCACGGAUGCUGAGUAUGGCGUGUCAUUCCUGGGCAAGAUACCGGAGCAGGUGCUGACGCACCUGCGUGUUUUCGCCGAGACUGUGGACUCGUACAUUUCCAUUGGUGGACAGAAGGACGGUGGCAACAACCGGAUUGCCAGAGAGCUCCGCCGCGACUGUGAGAGGCAACACUGCCAGCUCUUCAUCGAGUCGUACGCGAACGCAGAGACGGAGAACUCGCGCUCUCCGAUGCAGGACUACAAACCGCUUCUUCGGUUAGACCCGUUUGUAUUCCUCUGUGAGACCGUAUUUGGCAUGAUGCGCGUGAGAGGGGCAGAGAUCGCCAGCUUGGUCAGGCUGUGCUACCUGGCUGAGAUCACCAAGGUGGUCUAUCACAUGGGCCGCAACAUGCCGACGCAGACGUGGUUGCCGCAACUGCUGGCCAAGCACACGCAGGAAGGCGACCCUCUUCGCUGCUUCGCGUCCUUCUGCCUGGGCGUUAUGGAGCAGAACAUGUUGAUCCGCACUAGGACGAGCGGUGGCGCCAGCUCCAUUCCUGACGUCUCCAUCCUGGACAAAUCCGACAGCAGCCUGGGUGAAAAUCGUGGAUUUGAGCAACCCUUGUUUAACGAGGGAGGUCUUGCGAUGCACUACCAAUUUGUAAGACGGUAUGCUCUCGUUUUCCUCCGCAAAUGUGCGGUGUUGCUUUACGUCAGGUUCGGCGUCGACUUGGUGAACCACGUGUCUCCUUCGCCGGAGCUCGAGGAGAUUGAGCGGCUCACCGAAGCUCUGAGACUUCCAUCGUUUGACGAAAUGUGUGCCUCGAUAUCGCAAGACGACCGAACGUUCCAGGUCAUGCGAGGCUGGAUUCAGCAUGAUGUCAUAUACGGGGACGGAAAGCCCGGCAGGGACGGAAUCAACAGUGACAACAGCACCGCCCUGGUCAGCCACCCAGGAAUCUUUGAGCUCGUGGGCCUGCCGAUGAAUUACGACUCGCUGAUCGACGAGGUUACAAGGUGCAAGUGUCCAACGACGGGCAGGGAGGUCUCGGAUCCGGCCUUGUGCCUCCACUGCGGAGAGGUGUUUUGCUCGCAGUCCAUCUGCUGCCUCCAGACUGUCCGGCAGGACCAGCCAGGGCGAAGCAAGAGUGUCAAGUUGAAGAUCGGAGGUUGUCAACAGCACAGGAUGAAGUGUCAAGGCAACGUUGGGCUUUUCAUCAACAUCCGCAAGUGCUCCGUCUUCGUGCUGCACGGGAUCGUGGGCUCGUGGAUGCAGGCGCCUUUCAUUGACAAGUACGGCGAGGCAGACAUGGGUUUCAGGCACGGGCGGCAACUUUUCCUGCAUCAAAAGCGGUACGAUACAAUGUUGAGGAACCUGUGGCUGUCCCACCUCAUCCCGAGCCUGAUCGCGAGGAGGCUGGAGAGUGAUGUCAACAAUGGCGGGUGGGAGACCAUUUGA